UCUUCUUCUCAUUUACAGCUUUCACUAGUUCUCGUCUCUAUGACCUCGAAUUGCUUUGAAUAUCAAGAGCAGAAUCACCGAUGUUUUCCGUGUCGUUUUGGUCGUUUUCAUUUACUAAAGAAGAUGUUGCCGCCGACGAUUCUGGCCAUUUUGUCUCUUGUCUCUCUGCCUCUAAACACAGUGGCAGCUCCCUCAGAUAUACCAGUCUACAAGAAAGUAGGUGACACAGUUGUCCUCUCACCAGGCUUGGUGACGGAUCCCAUCUCCACCAUAACGUGGAAACACGGAUCUGCCAUUGCCAUGGAUUGGUACGAUAACCACACUGACUCCUACCGACAAUUUAAAGAUCGUGGUUUGCUGAAUGGUUUAACUGGAGAGCUGACGAUCAAAGGACUGACUCGAAACGACAGCGGCAGCUACACGUCGGAGAUCAACAACCGAGUCACCAACAAGACUCAACUCCUGGUUAUCUCUCCUGUCUCUAAACCCACUGUCUCCACAUGGUGUGGCGAAGAUAUGAUCGAAUGUAUUUUGACCUGUGAAGCCGACACCACAGACGCUGAACCAUUCACCUAUACGUGGUGGUCAGGUGACGCGGUGCGGUUGGCAUCAAGCAAGGAGUACUUUAUAACAAAGCCGACGGAGGGGCCUUGGUUCAGCUGUGAGCUGCAAAACCCAGUCGGCUCCAAACGCAGUGAACAAGUCUUCAACCCCUUCACCCUUAAGAAUCAGGAAGUGAACUCCAUCUUGGGCUUACUAUUAGCAGCAGGGAUUCUGUAUUUCAUCUUUUUAAUAUGCAAAAACAUAUAUGAACAAAGAGGAAGAGAUGUUAAUGCGACAAGGGAAGUGAUUGAGAAAAUCAUGGUCUUCAUCUUCAUCUUAGAAUUAGCAAUCCAACUGAUUGUGUGUAUCCUCACUUCCAUCUACAUACACAAAUACAAAAGCACAACAGGGAUUUUGGAUUUGAGCAUCUUCAUCUUCGCCUUAGUAUUAACACUUGACAGGAUUCCGUACAGAGUCUUUCUCAUAUACAAAUACAUAAACACAAGAAGAAGAGGAGGAGAUGUUAAUGCGACAAGGGAAGGGAUUUGGAAAAUCAGGGCCUUUUUAUCCAGCUUACAAUUAGCAAUCCUACUGAUUGUGUGUAUCAUCUUUUCCAUCUACAUACACAAAUACAAAGGCACAGCAGGGAGAUGGGUUAUGAGCUUCUUCAUCGUGGCCUUACUAUUAACACUCGAAAGGAUUCCGUACAGAGUCUUUCUCAUAUACCAAUACAUAUACACAUACAUAUACACAAGAAGAAGAGGAAGAGAUGUUAAUGCGACAAAGGAAGUGAUUGAGAAAAUCAGGGCCUUUCUCUGCAGCUUAGAAUUAGCAAUCAUACUGAUUGUGUUUAUCGCCUUUUCCAUCUACAUACACAAAUACGAAGGCACAACAGGGAUUUUGGAUAAGAGCAUCUUCAUCGUGGCCUUAUUAUUAACACUUGACAGGAUUCCGUACAGAGUCUUUAUCAUAUACAAAUACAUAAACACAAGAAGAAGAGGAAGAGAUGUUAAUGCGACAAAGGAAGAGAGAUCAGAGAUGAUGUCAAGGGACCAAGAAACAGCCAACCAGAACCAACCAGGGGAUAAUCAGUCAGCAGAUCCACAAGACAACCAAGAGGCAUCAAUCCAGGAUCGGACAUCGGUUGUGUCCCAAUAUACCAACAACGUUACUGAGAGGUCAACAACCUUUUCAGAGGUCCAAGAAACAUCUGCUCAGGGCCCAACAUCUGUUGCGUCCCCAGAAACAAGGAAGGAAACCGGUGGGUUAAACUUGAUCAUACCAAAUAAGACAGACUCCCAAAACUACAACAUGAAAACCCCCAUAGGUACAGAGUCGUGUGUACCUGACGAAAAGCCAGUUUGGGCUCGAAACACUGGACUUUUACGACUGUAAUAUCAUAGGAAAUUUAAAGGGAGUGUUUAAUAGAGUCAGAAUUCACAGUCACAGUUUUUUUGUACUCAGCAUCUGAACAAGAACAAUGUGUGUUUUUCCCACUGGCUGCUUGGAUGUGACAUUUAUUUUUUCAUUUGGCAGUGGGUUUAGAGGACCGAGAAACUUCCACCUGAAACCUGCUGUGUCCUUGGACCCUUGUAACAACAGUGAACAAGAAGUUGGCACCGUGUUUCACAUGUAUUGCGAUGUUGACAAAUGUUGUGUAAUUUGAGAGAGAAGUCGGCGAUGAUGUCAGGUGGCCAAGAAACAGCCAACCAGGACCAACCGGUGGACAAUCGGGCAGCGGAUCCACAUGAUGAGAGCCAAAGCUGAAGCACUUUUGUCUCUCCGUGCACGAGUAUGCCAAAGGAUCUCAGGGGUUUCCUCACUGUAGGUAACUGCUAUGGGCAGGUUUAGUCCGUGCAAAGGAUGCGACAGGUGCUACAAGCAGGGUUAAACGCAGACCGCUGGGUCCAGGACUGAACCAAAUGAUGGUUUGGUCUCAUUCUGUAUGUAUUAUAGGGCGUUCCUGUGGAGGGGCACAAAAUAUGGGAGCGGGGAACGGAAAUCUAUACAAGCAGCCGCUGCGCCUGACGUGACCACGUGCUGAAAUGUCAUGUCUGAGAAACGCGGGACACAUUCGGAGACAGGGAGACGGACACACGGAGUGAAACGCAAAUCAAAAGGUUAAUUACUAAGCUACUUUAUCGCAGCUCUCAGUUCAGCGCAACCCAAGACAAAAGAGCAGUGCUACACUGAAAGUGACUGUGUGUCUUUGCUGUCUGGUACUGCCCAUGCCCUACCGUUCCCUAUCUGUCCACCAGAGGUCCUCACACACUCUGUUACUUAAGCAGCUGUGUUUACGUGUGUGCUGACUUCAUAGGAUGUGUGUUAACACGGAUGACACAGUCCUGACAGCACAUUUUUCUAAGGCGUAAUGAUUUAGAUUGUUGGCUGAACAAAACAACCAAUGUGAAGUUGUCACUUCGGACUCUGGGAAGGUUUGCUGGAAAUGUUUUUAUCGAUUCCUCAAAUCAAUUUCAAUUCAAAUCCACUUUGUUUAUGUUGCACCAGAUCAUAACGGAGGUUAUCUCAGGGCACUUUUCACAUAGAGCAGGUCUGGACCGGACUCUUUACAGUCACAUUUACAGAGACCCAACAUUCCCCCAUGAGCCAGCACUUGGCGACACUGGCCAUGAAAAACUUCCUUUAUUUGCUUCCUCAUAAAUGAAGUAAAUAACUGAUAUCUCUGUAUAUUAAUUUACAAUGAAAAUAUCUGCAAAAGAUGGUUGAGCUCAGAGCUGUUGAAUGGCUGAAAUGAGCCGCUGUGAAAAAUGUCGAUGUGUUUUUGUGGAAAACUAAAGGGUUCUCCUUUCUCUGAAGGUCUUCAUGACCAAACGCUCAGAUAAU